AUGUCCUCCCGGUCACCCGUUUCUCACUUUCUUCCCGAACCCAAAACGUUGGCGAUUGUCGGUUGUCCAUUCAGUGGAGGCCAGGCAAAGCUAGGCGUAGAUCGUGGCCCCAUUCAUCUCGUCCAAGCAGGUCUUCCAGAGCAGCUCUCAGAGCUCGGGUGGAAGGUUCUCUUCGACGGUCAUCACCAGUUUGAGGAGAUUGACGCCGCGAGCGACCCGCCCAUUGGGAAGUUGAAGAAUCCUCGACUUGUCUCGCGAGUGUGCGAAGCCAUCGCCAAGGUCGUCGGUGAGCAUGCAAAGAAGGGUCAGCUACCACUAACACUUGGCGGUGAUCAUUCUUUGGCCAUGGGCACAAUUUCCGGAACAUUCGAACAAUAUCCUGAUGCAUGUGUUGUCUGGGUGGACGCCCAUGGUGACAUUAACACGGCGGAAACCACCGACUCAGGUAAUAUUCAUGGCAUGCCCGUUUCCUUCCUGCUCGGCCUUGGGUCCAAGAUCCCCGAGUUCUCCUGGGUAAAACCGCUGCUCAAGCCUGAGCGCCUGGUAUACAUCGGCCUGCGCGAUGUCGACGCAGGGGAGAAAAAGAUUCUUAAGGAGAAUGGCAUUCGCGCCUUCAGCAUGCACGAGGUCGACAAGUAUGGUAUCGGGCGUGUCGUUGAAAUGGCACUCGACCAUGUCAACCCGAAGCGAGACCGUCCGAUCCACCUCAGCUUCGACGUCGACGCGCUCGACCCGAGCGUUGCACCGUCGACGGGAACGCCGGUUCGUGGAGGGCUCACCUUCAGAGAGGGCCACUACAUAUGCGAGGCCAUCUAUGAGACGGGAUGUCUCGUUGCGCUUGACAUUAUGGAGGUCAACCCGUCUCUCGCAGAUGAGGCAGAGGUGAAGCAGACGGUAGCUGUGGGCUGCUCUCUAGCACGGUCGGCGCUAGGGGAGACGCUAUUAGGUAGUCCCUUUGCGCAGACACGUGCGUCGACCACAUUGCUGGCGUAUCCUGGUCGUAGCCACAUUCAGGAAAAAGACAAGAAACUUGUUCUCGCGCCUCCGAGCCACUCGACAUUGGAAAAACUCGGCUCUACUCUUGUUCAGAAAGAAGGUCAGGAGUCUUUCCUCGCACCUCAAAACUACCUAACAUCGAGGUACCCUGCUUCCUCAUUUUCGCCCUUCGCUAUCAACACCACCUUUAUCUCGACCACCUCCCAUCCGACGAUGUUCAAUGGAGUUUUGACGCCGGAUAUCGUUUGA